GCAGCGCUAUCUUCGGCUCCUCGUAAACCAUUCCCCGCUUCUGCCACCGAGGUCCUCGAACAGGUGACAAAGGUGUGCAAUCAACAGGGAGCACAGAAAUGGCGGGGUGCCGGGGCUUUUCGAAGCAGUGAGCUACAGCAUCAGCUGGACAACGACCUAUUCUGCUUCUCCCCGGAUCGACGUGAAUCGCGUCUCAAUCAGAUACAGCAGCUGCGCCUCGUGCAGAUUCUCUGCGAUUACUUCAAUGAAAAAGAAUCGGAAGCACGCAAUCAGCAGUAUGCAUAUUUCGAAGCAAUAUUUUGUGGCCGCGAGGGUGAAACUGCCUUACACGAUACUCGCAUCUCGGUGCUUAUCAACCUGUGCUCAUUGGCCGUACAAUAUCCGUGCUACUCUGUGCUCAAUCAUACCUCCCAGUGGCUGCACAAAAUUGGUAGCGGCAAAUCGUAUGCACAGAAAUUUGUCUCGAAACUUGUCGAGCACUAUAUUCUCGUCAGCAAUGAUUCAGACCUGCCCAACGAUUUGUUUCCGCUGGCCGAAGAAGUGCCCGAAUUUGCGUCUUAUUUUAUUGCCUACUCGGUGAUGAAAGAAUCUCUGCGCUUACCACUUUUCAAUGUUCUGAAUCACUGGCUCUCAGGCCGUCGUGGGAAUUUGAUUUUGGAAUAUAUCAAAGAAACUCCAGCUAUCACGCAACACUUUGCUACAGUUACAUUCUCCUACAUGGUUGUUUUUGACUGUAUCAGUGGCGGUGCUUACAAGAAUCCAUUACAUGGCUUUACAGCGAUGCUUUAUUCCGAUUGGAACAUCUUACCUGCUUUGGAUAUCCGUCUGGCACUUGAGAUGUUAUCGAAGGAUCCCGAGUAUUCAGCAUUCGAUACGGAGACGUUGCGCUAUCACAUUCAUCUUGCCAAACUUGCCCGUGUCAUUUCCGAAAAAGUUCUUGUCGUUUUUUUCACGAGAUCCGAAUCCAGUGCUUCUUUUAGAGCUCUAAAGGAUGAUCUUUUAACAGCUUAG